AUGAGGAAGACGAAGAAGAAGAAGAAGGAAGGUUUGGGAUGGAUGGAGUGGAUGAGAGGAUGGGGUUGCGUGUUCCAGGAGUUUCUAUUCCAGAGAUUCAUGUCUUCUCAUUUACCCAACCCACUUCCUCUUCCUCCUCUCAAUCACUUUAACUGCAUCGUCACUGGCUCCACCAGCGGCAUUGGUCUCGAAACCGCUAGGCAACUAGCAGAAGGUGGUGCUCAUGUUGUAAUGGCGGUUAGGAACACAAAGGCAGCUCACGAGCUUAUUCAACAGUGGCAGAAAGAUUGGUCUGCUAAAGGCCACCCCCCACUUAACAUCGAGGCGAUGGAACUAGAUCUUCUCUCCUUGGAUUCUGUCGUCAAGUUUAGCAAUGCCUGGAACGCUCGUUUAGCUCCUUUGCAUCUUCUCAUUAACAAUGCCGGCAUCUUUGCCAUGGGAGAGGAACAGAAGUUCUCAAAGGAUGGAUAUGAACAUCACAUGCAAGUCAACCAUUUAGCUCCCGCGUUGCUGUCACUACUCCUUUUGCCCUCCCUUAACCGUGGCUCCCCAAGCCGAAUCAUUAAUGUCAACUCUGUUAUGCAUUAUGUCGGUUUUGUUGACCCGGAUGACAUGAAUGUGGUAUCUGGUAGACGGAAGUUUACAAGCCUUGUAGGAUAUUCAGGCAGCAAGCUUGCACAGGUUAUGUUUAGCAAUGUUCUUUUCAAAAGGCUGCCUCUGGAAACUCGCAUAAGCGUUGCUUGUUUGUCUCCAGGGAUUGUGCUAACAAAUGUGGUGAGGGACCUUCCGAGAUCUGUUCAAGUUCAAUAUGCAUUGAUACCUUAUUUCAUGUCCUCCCCUCAAGAAGGUUGUAGAAGCUCACUUUACUCGGCGACAGAUGCUCAGAUUCCGGAGCACUGUGAAAUGCUAAAAACCGGUGAUAAGCCUAUUUGUACAUUCAUAUCUCAAAACUGCAAACACACAAAGCCUUCAAAAGAAGCUCAGAGUGUAGAAACAGCAAAUCGAGUGUGGGAAAAGACGAUAGAGCUGAUUGGUCUUCCUCUUGAUGCGUUGGAGAGGCUUAUAGAAGGAAAAGAGGUGCAAUGCCGUUAUGGAACUCAUCAAGAAUAAGUCCCUUUCUCACAUGUCUCUUACAAUGUAAUAGCUUCUUUACACAUCUCUCUCUCUCUUUUCUUUUAUCCAUAUUAUACUUGUUAGAAGGUUCUAGAACUUGACCUCAAACCACCAAACACAUUCUAAAAGAUGAAGGAUGAAGGAUCAGUCUCGGGGAAUGGCUUUUCGUAUUUAUUACAUUUUCGUUAUAGUUCCUCAAGUUGUGCCAACAUAAGAAUAUGUUUU